GGUGAGGCGGCCCGAAGCGCAAACGGUGGCAGGUGUUGGAGCUUUUGGGAUGUAGUUGGAAAGUGAUUGCAGGAGCCUGAGAAGUUCUGAGAUGAGAAGAAAUGUGGGAGGAAGGCGCUUGGCACGCAGAAACGGACGGGGAUGGAGCCUGAUUCUGCUGUUUAUUGACCACGUGACCUCUGUUCCUCCUUCCCUGACUGCCAAGCAUGGGCAGGCACCUCUUUUGGACUCACUCCCAUGGCUCCCAUCACUGGAUUGUCAGUCUGGGGAAGUGUGUGUCUCUUUCAUGUGACCAUGGGCAUCUGUGAGGACCCAGCCUCCAGACCCUGAAAACCCAGUAUAAACUCGUGUCCAUCCCAGAGAUCACUGCAGGAAUCAUGAGGUGCCCUGGGUGUCACCAGCUCAAACAGGCUCCUGGCUACUUAACUCAGUCAUCAGUGGUAGUCCUGUACCACAAAUGAGGAAAAUUCGCUUUUUAAGAAUAAAUAAUUCCUUGUUGUAGCCACUGGUCUCUUACUCUGGAGGUGGUCCAGGUGAUUGGAACUGAGGCCACUUUUGUGACAGCAUUGUGGUUAGCAACAUGCCUCCUCCCGGAACAAGGAAGAGCAGGGAUCACCAAGACCACCGCCAGGCUCCCAAGGAGGAAGAGGCCCUGGAGAAAUGGGACUGGCAUUGUCCAGAGACACGUCGCCUCUUGGAAGAUGCUUUCUUCCGUGAAGAGAAUUAUAUCUGUCAGGGUUCUGAAGAGUGCCAGAAGUUCUGGACGUUCUUUGAACGCCUGCAGAGAUUCCAGAAUCUCAAGACUUCCAGAAAGGAAGAGGAAGAAUCUGGGCAUCCCAAGCACAGUGUUCCAGCACUGGCUGACCUGCCUCGCACAUAUGAUCCUCGUUACCGCAUCAACCUCUCUGUCCUUGGUCCUGACAUGCGAGGCUCUCGGGGGCCAGGCAGGCACGUACCCCCAGAGAGAGUGUCAGAGUUCCGCCGAGCCCUGUUGCACUACUUAGACUUCCGCCAGAAACAGGCAUUUGGGCGGCUGGCCAGACUGCAGCGAGAGCGGGCAGCACUGCCCAUUGCUCAGUAUGGGAGCCGCAUCCUGAAGACAUUGAGGGAGCAUCAGGUGGUGGUGGUGGCUGGUGACACGGGCUGUGGGAAGUCCACUCAGGUGCCCCAGUACCUUCUGGCUGCUGGCUUCAGUCAUGUGGCAUGUACCCAGCCCCGGCGAAUUGCCUGCAUCUCACUGGCCAAGCGUGUCGGCUUUGAGAGUCUCAGUCAAUAUGGCUCACAGGUCGGCUACCAGAUCCGCUUUGAGAGCACACGUUCAGCAGCCACGAAGAUUGUGUUCUUGACGGUGGGGUUGCUUCUGCGGCAAAUCCAGCGGGAGCCCAGCCUGCCCCAGUAUGAGGUCCUGAUUGUGGAUGAGGUCCAUGAGCGGCACCUCCACAAUGACUUCCUCCUAGGUGUCCUCCGGCGCCUGCUGCCCAAACGGCCUGACCUCAAGGUUAUCCUCAUGUCAGCCACCAUCAACAUCUCGCUGUUCUCCAGCUAUUUCGGUAAUGCCCCCGUAGUGCAGGUGCCUGGGAGGCUGUUCCCCAUCACGGUCGUGUACCAGCCACAGGAGGCGGAGCCAGCUACAUCCAAGUCAGAGAAGCUGGACCCUCGGCCUUUCCUGAGGGUGCUGGAGGCCAUUGACAACAAGUAUCCCCCUGAGGAGCGGGGUGACCUUCUCGUUUUCCUCAGUGGCAUGGCAGAGAUCAGUGCCGUGCUCGAGGCCACCCAGACCUAUGCCAGCCACACCCAGCGCUGGGUGGUGCUGCCGCUGCACAGUGCCCUGUCUGUGGCCGACCAGGACAAGGUGUUUGACGUGGCACCCCCUGGAGUGAGGAAAUGCAUCCUUUCGACCAACAUCGCUGAGACAUCAGUCACUAUUGAUGGGAUCCGCUUUGUAGUAGAUUCUGGGAAAGUAAAGGAGAUGAGCUAUGACCCACAGGCCAAGCUUCAGCGGCUGCAAGAAUUCUGGAUCAGUCAGGCCAGUGCAGAGCAGCGGAAGGGCCGGGCAGGCCGCACAGGGCCCGGAGUCUGCUUCCGCCUCUAUGCUGAGUCGGACUAUGAUGCUUUCGCCCCCUACCCUGUUCCAGAAAUUCGAAGGGUGGCUCUGGAUGCAUUGGUGCUGCAGAUGAAGAGCAUGAAUGUGGGGGACCCUCGAACGUUCCCUUUCAUUGAGCCCCCACCAUCAGCCAGCCUAGAAACUGCCAUCCUCUACCUCCGGGACCAGGGAGCCCUGGACAGCUCAGAGACACUCACUCCCAUUGGGUCCCUACUGUCCCAGCUGCCUGUGGACAUUGUGAUUGGGAAGAUGCUGAUCCUGGGCUCCAUGUUCAGCCUGGCGGAGCCUGUGCUCACCAUUGCAGCUGCCCUCAGUGUCCAGUCGCCCUUCACCCGCAGUGCUCAGAGCAGCCCGGAGUGCGUGGCAGCACGCCGGCCACUGGAGAGUGACCAGGGUGACCCCUUCACGCUCUUCAAUGUCUUCAACACCUGGGUGCAGGUGAAAUCUGAACGGAGCAGAAACUCACGCAAGUGGUGCCGUCGCCGGGGUAUAGAGGAGCACCGGCUCUACGAGAUGGCCAACCUGCGGCGCCAGUUCAAGGAGCUGUUGGAAGAUCAUGGGCUGCUGGCUGGGGCCCAGGCCACAAAGGCAGAGGAUAGUUACAGUCGGUUGCAGCAACGCCGCGAGCGCCGGGUGCUAUACCAGCUGAAGCGCCAGCAUGAGGAGGGUGAGGGGCGCAGGCGCAAGGUGCUGCGGCUACAGGAGGAGCAGGCCGGCUGCUCCAGCGGUGAGGAUGGGGCUGGCCCAGCUUCCCAGAGUUCUGUGGACAGCGUAGACAUCCAGGAUGUGAAGUUCAAACUUCGGCACAACCUGGAGCAGCUACAGGCGGCUGCCAGCUCAGCCCAGGACCUGACCCGUGACCAGAUGGCCCUGCUCAGGCUGGUGCUGGGCCGGGGCCUUUAUCCCCAGCUGGCCAUCCCAGAUGAGUUCAACAGUGGCCGCAAAGACUCUGACCAGAUCUUCCACACCCAGGCCAAGCAGGGCACUGUGCUGCACCCAACCUGUGUUUUCUCCAGCAGCCCCGAGGUUCUGCACACAUGGGAGCCAGAGGCUAGGGGCUGUGAAGGCAGCCGAGAAGACAAGGACAAGAUGAGCAGCAAGCAUCAGCUCCUCACCUUUGUCUCUCUGCUGGAGACCAACAAGCCGUACCUGGUGAACUGUGUCCGCAUCCCCGCCCUCCAGUCCCUCUUGCUGUUUAGCCGGUCCCUGGAUACCAAUGGUGACUGCUCCCGCCUGGUGGCCGAUGGCUGGCUAGAGCUGCAGCUGGCAGAUAGUGAGAGCGCCAUGCGGCUCCUGGCAGCUUCCCUGCGGCUCCGUGACCACUGGGAAAGUGCCCUGGACCAGCAACUGGCUCAUCAGGCCUGGCGGCAGCGGCUGCUAGAUGAGGAACAAGAGGAGGAAGCUCUGCCAAUCAGCCCCAAGGAAGUGGCAUCUCUGAGCAGGGACCUGCUGCAGUUCAUGGCAUCCAAGGUGCCCUACAGCCUUCGGCGGCUCACAGGGCUUGAAACCCAGAACCUCUAUGUGGGACCCCAGACCAUCAUAGCUGCCCCCAAUCUCCCAGGCCUCUUUGGCAGCUCCACCCUGUCCCCCCACCCCACCAAGGGGGGCUACACAGUCACUGACUUCCUCACCUACAACUGCCUCACGAGUGACACGGACCUGUACAGUGACUGCCUGCGCACCUUCUGGACCUGCCCACACUGCGGCCUGCACAUGCCCUUCACGCCCCUGGAGCGCAUCGCCCACGAGAACACCUGCCCCAAGGCCCCGCAGGACGGGCCCCCAGGGACUGAGGAAGCUGCCUCUGAGUCCCUCCAGAAGACAUCUGCCCUGCAAAGGCUCUACCACUGCAAGCACUGCCAGAAUGACUUUCUCUUCACACCCACAGAGGUGCUACGGCACCGAAAGCAGCACUUGGUUGUUAUGAGGGCUAAAUGAGAAGAUGCUGUGAAGUGCUGCCAUGAUGUCAGAGGCAAUUGUCAAGGCCUGGAAGAGUAAAAGAAUGACACCUCCAUAAAGCUUACCCCUAACUCUGCCAGUGGUCUCCUAUUCAUCAUCUCAUGGCCCAUCUAGAGGCCAUUUCCUCUAGGAAUUCUUCCCCCAAACUCCAGAGCUAGCUGAUGACUCCCUUCUCUUGGCAAUCUAUGUUUUGUUUCAACUGUUGCACUGGAUUGUCAUUGGGGAUGUUCAUUUCCCUUAAGACCAGAAUCUUCUCAAGAGCCAAAUCCUACAUGAGGCAUAUUAGGGCCUGGAGCAAGGGUUCAGUGUGUGCUUGGAAAUCUACAAAUGGAUGAAUGGGUGGGUGAACGCAUGGACAAAUGGGACAUACGAAUGGGUGAGUGGGUGGGUAGAAGUAUAUUCUGAUGGGUGGUGGGUGGAUGGGUAGAUGCAUGGGUAGGUAGGUGGGGGGGGUGAAUACACAGACAAAAGAGUGGACAUGUGGGUGGGUGCAUUAGGGUGGAGGUGGUGGGUAGAUGAAUGGAGUGAGUAGGGGAAUGUCUGGUUGGAUGGGUAGGAGUGGAUAAGCAAGUGGAUUACAUUUGGAUGAAUGAUUGAUGGAUGGAUAAAUACACAGAUGGUUGAGGGAGUGGAUGGAUAAAUGAACAGAUGGAAGAGGGGGGUGGAUGGAUGGAUGGACAGAUGGAUGAAACAUCUUCCCUCAGAGAGCUCUCAGUUCAGA